AUGCCGCAGCGGGUAUCCCCAUGCUCCAAAUCCCUUGCCCCGUGGCUCGCAGCGUCGACGGCCAUUGCGCUCGCCCUGACCUCCCGCUCCGCCGUCCGUGGCGAAGCCAUCAGCGACGCGAUCGGGACACCACGCGGACAACGAUCGACAGCGACGUUGACGCACAGUCAUCCGGCGUUCGGCGGACCGCAACGUGUCACAGAUGUCGACCGAACGCGUCGCGCCAGUGCUCGUCAGUUGGAACCCGAUCUGUCGGACGUCGCGCGGCUCGAAGAGUUCUUUGGCACGGCCAUGGAGAUGAACUUCCACGUCUUGACCAACACGUACGCCCGUGCCGCGUGCGACAAAGUGCCGUGGGCUGGUCACUACUGGCCGACGUACGAGGACGGGAUCAACGCGGUCUGGCGAGCCAACGAGCUGUCUCCGGCGGAAAAGUACGCGGCGGCUUUCCACCUGCCCGUCGACGCGUUCCUCGCACAGCUCUCACAGAGCAGUGGCGUACUGUCCGAGACGUCGUCGGCUGGGGCUUCUGCUGCUUCGUGUCGUACGGACGCCGACUGCACCGCGUUGCAAGACAAUGACGACGACGACGAUGACGACGACGACGGCGACCGUCGCUGCGGUCUCCAUGGCAAUGCCACCAGCGGCUCGUGCAUUCCCACGUGGCACGGCCUCUGUCACGCCCGUGCGGCCGCAGCCAUACUCGAAGACGAGCCGCAGUGCGCCGUCGACAAGAACAACGUGACGUUCCACGCAGUGGACAUCAAAGCGCUGCUCACGCAGCUCUACGACGGCGCAGAAGUCCAAGUCGUGUUCACUGGCACGCGAUUCAAUGGCCCGGAUGGCUCCGGCCCCGAGCUCGAUCGCUACGGCCGCUACACGAACGCCGCGCAGAAGGACGUGAACCCCGCGAUCUUCCACGUUGCAAUGGCCAAUAUCGUCGGCAAGCACCGCCAGUCGUUCAUUGUCGACGUGAGCACCAACGCAGCCGUGUCGAACGAACCCGUGCAGGGCUACGAGCUCCUCGAAGCGUCGAUUGUCGAUGCCACGACGCUGUCGCGCGAGCACUUUGACUCGGACACGUAUCCGUUCAAUCCAGCAGCGACGUUCGUGGCCAAGUGCACGACGCGACUCCUAUGGACAGCCGAGUCCAUGGAAGACGACGACGCGAUGGCGGCCGCGGGACGGAUCGACGCGUACACGGUGCACGAGGACUACGAGUACUGCCUCGAGCUCGAUGAGGACUACACCAUCAUUGGAGGCGAGUGGCUCGGGGCGAGUCGGAAGAACCAUCCAGACUUUCUGUGGAUCCCCGCGGGUAAGCCACGACACGAUACUGUCACGGACACGGGCAUCUCGUACGCAAAUGUGCUGGAGCUGGUGCGAGCGUCGCGUCAAUGCUCGAAAGCGACGAAGAGCGAGGAAGCUGCCAUGCCGCCGAUGGCCGCGAUGCCGGAUUCAGAGUACCACAUGUCGUCGUUUGACAGCAGGAAGCGUCCGGAUAAAGUAUUCCACAGUCAGACCAAACCGCUUGUUUCCCAGACACCGGAGACACACGACCAGUGGACGCACGAGCCCAAGAAGCACGAGCAGCGGACGGACUCGUCCGAGACGGGAUCGCACGGAGCGCACCAGCAGUGGACGCACGAGCCCAAGAAGCACGAGCAGCGGACGGACCCGUCCGAGACGGGAUCGCACGGAGCGCACCAGCAGUGGACGCACGAACCCAAGAAGCGCGAGCAGCGGACGGACUCGUCCGAGACGGGAUCACACGGAGCGUACGACCAGUGGACGGGUUCUGCUUCCUCCCAAUCUCCGCAUGUUACUGACUCAGCCAAACACUGGAACCAGUCACUGCAUCAGCACACUUCGGCGCUGUUGCAGUGGGUUCGGCGUCUUGGGGACAUUGCGCUCUGGUGGUGA